AUGCUCGUCGAGAUGCACCACGAGGUGCUCGCCGAGGGUCUCCCCGGUGACAACGUCGGCUUCAACGUCAAGAACGUCUCCGUCAAGGACAUCCGCCGCGGCAACGUCUGCUCCGACUCCAAGAACGACCCCGCCAUGGAGGCCGCCUCCUUCCUCGCCCAGGUCAUCGUCAUGAACCACCCCGGCCAGAUCGGCAACGGCUACGCCCCCGUCCUCGACUGCCACACCGCCCACAUUGCCUGCAAGUUCAACGAGAUCACCGAGAAGAUCGACCGCCGUACCGGCAAGUCCAUCGAGAACAACCCCAAGUUCAUCAAGUCCGGUGACGCCGCCCUCGUCAACAUGGUCCCCACCAAGCCCAUGUGUGUCGAGUCCUUCCAGCAGUACCCCCCUCUUGGCCGCUUCGCCGUCCGAGACAUGCGCCAGACGGUCGCCGUCGGUGUCAUCAAGGAGGUCAACAAGACUGCCGGCAAGGGUGGUAAGACAACCAAAGCGGCAGAAAAGGCUGGCAAGAAGAAGUAA